AUGGAGGAAGAAGAUAGCAAGAUUCCUAGGAUCUUAGAACAAGAUGGGCAUGGUGGAAGUGAUCUCAAAGAAGUUAGUGAGUCGAAAAAGAAGAAGAAGAAGUAUUGGAUGGGUUGUCUGAGAGCUGAAUCUGACGAAAGAGGAAACAUUGAUUUGACUGUUGAUUUCCCUGGGGAACGCUCUGAGCCUACUCACCUUCUCGUCAUGGUCAACGGUCUCAUCGGCAGUGCUCAGAACUGGAGAUUCGCUGCUAAGCAGAUGCUGAAGAAGUAUCCUCAAGAUCUCCUUGUUCACUGUGAUAAACGCAACCAUUCUACACAGACAUUUGAUGGUGUUGAUGUUAUGGGAGGAAGAUUAGCAGAAGAGGUUAGGUCGGUGAUCAAACGUCACCCAAGUCUUCAGAAGAUUUCCUUUGUAGGACAUUCUUUAGGUGGCUUGAUUGCUAGGUAUGCUGUUGCUUGUCUUUAUGAGCAAGAGUCCCGACAAGAGCUUCCACAAAACAGUGACGACAUUUCUGAUACAUGCCUGAAAGAGAGAAUCGGUGGAUUGGAGCCUGUGUUUUUUAUAACUUCUGCAACCCCACACCUUGGUUCAAGAGGACAUAAGCAGGUCCCAUUGUUUUCUGGAUCUUACACUUUGGAGAGGUUAGCUACGCGUAUGUCAUGGUGUCUUGGUAAAACGGGGAAACAUCUUUUUCUAGCUGAUGGUGAUGAUGGAAAGCCUCCCUUACUCCUCCGUAUGGUUAGUGACCGUAGAAACCUUAAAUUCAUUUCUGCUUUGAGAUGCUUCAAGCGGCGUAUUGCUUAUGCAAAUACAAGUUUUGACCACCUAGUAGGCUGGAGCACAUCGUCUAUCAGGCGACGCAGCGAGCUUCCUAAGCUUCAACGCGGUCCAGUCAACGAGAAGUAUCCUCACAUUGUGAACGUUGAAGCACCAAGUACCUCUAGUAACCAUGAGGAAGUUAGAUCAGUGACCAAUUCAAACGGGUCCAAGAAUUUUGAUAUGGAAGAGGAAAUGAUAAGAGAGCUAACAAAAAUGAGCUGGGAACGAAUUGACGUCAGUUUCAGAGGAACUGUGCAGAGAUUUCUAGCUCACAAUACCAUUCAGGCAAGUGUUCACUAA